AUGGCUCCAGGCUUUGAUCCACCCCCAAAGACAGGAGUCGUGGGUUCCGAGAUAACGAGUCAUACCAUGGAAACUCCAUUCCAGCAAUCCAACAGAGCGAGCGAACAAGAAGACACGAAUGAAGCUGUUUUGACUGCUGCGGGAAACCAUAUGACAUGGCUUAAUGAUGAAACAACAUUCUUCAACAUGGUCGGCGAAUUCAGCGAUGAGUCAGGGAACAUGCUACUGCCGCUCGACAUUUCAGCCAUUGACAGUAUCCUUUUCCCUUCGAAGGACCCUGACCUCUCCAUAGCCGAAAGACUAGAAUUCAUGGCGCAUUUCACGAGCACGCAAGGAAUGAGAACUUUCGCCGAUCGGGAGUCCUUUCGGCAUCGGCAGGAAAUGGCCCGCGAGGCGUACGAGAUGCAGGCACUGCAAGGCUACAAAGUGAGGCAGGCAAAAGCCACCACACUGGAUUUGGACAUUCUCGAAGUUAAGCCUGAAGAAUAUUCCCAUGACGUGAAUGACCCAGACCCGCUGCACUCCAAAUCCCGGGAUCUGAUUGUCAACCUUCGAGAUAUCAUAUCCAACAGGACAAACGACGAUGUGAUCACUGUUGAAUGGACGCCAAUCAUAAACCAGCUGUGCAAAGAUUUCUUCCAGCCGUCAAAUAUGCGCCGCUUUCUGGAAUACUUCUGGUCUUUAUGGUACCCGCAUUGCCCUAUUGUGCACAAGCCCCUCUUCGACCCAUUUUCGGCAUCUCCGGGACUACUCUGUGUGAUGGUUAUUAUAGGAGCAUGCCUUUCGCCCGACGAAAAUGACAACCAAGCCUCUAGGAAAUGGCUUGAUAGCGUAGAGGAGUUGAUCUUUUGUCAGGUUUAUUUUCGAAGCGAUCGGGAGCUUCUCAUGGAUCAACCUGGUCAAAGAAAAGAAAUCGUGCAAUGCAUGCAGGCAGCCUACCUAGUCAGUUCCUUGCAAAAGCGGGAAGGGUCGGUAGAGGCCCAAGCAAGAAUACGAAGACAUCGACAUGCGUCUAUGGUGACGUUGGCGAGACAUAUUGGGCCGAGAAAAGCUUCGCAUCGACAUCUCGAUAUGAGCCAUACAAGUUCAAACUCUUGGUGGGAACAGUUUGCAGAGGAAGAGGAGUUAAUUCGCACAAUAAUAUUUGUGUUCCUGAUCGACGCUGCACUCACCAUACUCCACAACUCUCCACCGCGAAUGGUGGUUCCCGAGCUAAAAAUGGAUGUCGCAUGCCCAGAGUCGUGCUUUCAAGCCGAAUCCGCAUCAGAAUGCAUGAAAGAACUUCAUACAUGGGCGACAACUCGAUUUUGGAAGAGUAGACUGUCUAUUGUGUCCGUUGUUCGGCGGAUCUGCCAAUGCCCCAUCGAAGAGUCUAUUAUCGAAGACUUUGCAGGUCUCGGCACACUGAACCUGUUCACUUUGGUACAGGCAAUUCACUCCUUGAUGUUUCAACUACAUAACUCCCUUGUCUUCGAAUCAACACUAGCGCCUAUCCAGACUGGCCUCGAUAAUUGGCGCGAAAUAUGGAAUUCACGGGUUCCGGAAGAUACUGGUCUGCCUGAUACCCCCGAGAAUCUUUGGAAACGGGUAGGAUUCCUACGGCAUGCCUCUGAGUUCUGGCAAUUAGCUCGGCUCCUAAUGGGGAAGAUAAUGGCGGCCAACCAGGAUGAUGGGGAGAAUGCCGAAGAGAUGGAGCAACUAUCAAGAUACGAUCAUACGGAUAUGGGUGAGGUCAAUGAGCUGAUCAUGGAGUACAGGAGAAUGAAUCUAGGUGUUACUUGA